GCAGCGGCAGCAGCAGCAGCAGUAGAUGCUGUCCCAUCAUCAGAUCACACCCAACGGGGCUGCAGCGCACCGCUCCUCCGGCACCAACACCAUGACACCCCGAUUCAAACCCGCAAUCUGAGCCCGCACGAGGAACUCAACGGAACUUGCACGAGGACACCGAGAGACGGACCUGGAGACUUACGCGCGCACGCACGCAAGGAACCUCGCGCGGAGAGACGGUUUGUUGCAGUGACCAGCGGCCAACGAGGAGGACAGGGACGCCGACCGAGGCGAACUCCACUGCGCCGCGGAUUUUGCGCUUUUCUCUCCCAGAAUCGCGCCCGACACGGAGAUCGCUCCCUGUGAGUCAUUUCACACCCGAACAUGUCAUCGUCGGCAAAGGACAGCGGGCAUUACGCCAACUAUGUGGGACCGUACCGCUUGGAGAAGACGCUGGGCAAAGGACAGACAGGUCUGGUGAAGCUGGGAAUCCACUGUGUCACAUGUCAGAAAGUCGCCAUAAAGAUCGUCAACAGAGAAAAGCUCAGCGAGUCGGUGCUCAUGAAGGUGGAGCGGGAGAUCGCCAUCCUGAAACUCAUCGAGCAUCCCCACGUUUUAAAGCUGCACGACGUCUACGAAAACAAGAAAUACCUGUACCUGGUGCUGGAGCAUGUGUCCGGCGGCGAGCUGUUCGACUACCUGGUGAAAAAAGGACGGUUAACGCCUAAAGAGGCCAGAAAGUUCUUCAGACAGAUCAUCUCAGCGCUGGACUUCUGCCACAGCCACUCCAUAUGCCACAGAGAUUUGAAGCCUGAGAACUUGUUGUUAGACGAGAAGAACAACAUCAGGAUAGCGGACUUUGGCAUGGCGUCUCUGCAGGUCGGGGACAGUCUGCUGGAGACCAGCUGUGGAUCUCCGCACUACGCCUGCCCAGAGGUUAUCAGGGGGGAGAAGUACGACGGGAGGAAAGCAGAUGCAUGGAGCUGUGGAGUCAUCCUGUUUGCACUUUUAGUGGGCGCUCUGCCUUUCGACGACGACAACCUGAGGAAUCUUCUGGAGAAGGUGAAGCUGGGAGUUUUCCACAUGCCCCACUUCAUCCCUCCGGACUGUCAGAACCUUCUGCGCGGGAUGAUCGAAGUGGACGCCGGCAAGAGGCUCACGUUGGACCAGAUCCAGAAGCAUACAUGGUACCUAGCGGGAAAGAACGAGCCGGAGCCCGAGCAGCCCGUCCCCAGGAAGGUGGCCAUCAGGAUGCUGGCUACAGCCGAGGAGAUCGACCCCGACGUCCUGGAGAGCAUGCACUCUCUGGGCUGCUUCAGAGACAAGGACAAACUGACCAAAGACCUGCUGUCUGAGGAAGACAACCAGGAGAAGAUGAUCUACUUCCUGCUGCUGGAUCGUAAAGAGAGAUAUCCGAGCCACGAGGACCAGAACCUGCCGCCACGCAACGAGAUCGCAGACCCUCCCAGGAAGCGUGUGGAUUCGCCCAUGCUGAGCCGUCACGGUAAGAGAAGACCGGAGAGGAAGUCCAUGGAGGUGCUGAGCGUCACAGAGGGGGGGUCUCCCGUACCUGUACGACGAGCUAUCGACAUGGCAACGCACGGUCAGAGCAAAUCUGUUUUCAGUAAAAGCUUGGAUAUCACAAACGCUAACUGCAGCAAGGAAGAAAGGUCGCGGUCGAUCAGCGGAGCGUCCUCCAACCUGUCCACCAGUCCUCUCAGCAGCCCCAGGCCCAACAGGCGGUUUUUCAUCCCGCCCCAGUCCCCAGACCUGUGUCAGUCCCCCAACUGUAGCCCCACCCACUCCGCUGAGGUCCGCCUUAACGGGGUGGGGCCACGCACGCCCAACUCCUACCAGCCAAAGAUGGGGUCCCCCCUCAUGCAUCCCCGCACGCAGACCCUCCCCGCCAAGCCCAAAGUGUCCGAGAAACCCCUCCAGACCACCAGAUCCAACCCCCUCCCCAACACUGUCCAAACACCUUCCACCCCCAAAUCUGAGCCCUCCACGCCUAACAACCCCCUGGCCCCCUGCAUCACCAACAGCCCCCGGGUGAGACGCCACCCUCCCCUUACUGUCCCCCCCAAACUGUCCAUCCCUCUCUCCCCCGUGCCUCCUAUGUCUCCCCGCCGCCGACACCACCUCCACCCUGACCACAACGGCAAAUCUGUCCCCAUCACGCAGGUGACCCCCCACCCCUCCCCCAGAGGGAGCCCUCUCCCCACCCCCAAAGGCACCCCGGUUCACACGCCCAAGGAAAGCCCAGCCGGCACCCCCAGCCCGACACCUCCACCCAGCCCCUCCAUCGGGGGGUUGCCAUGGAGGACACGCCUCAACUCCAUCAAGAACAGCUUCUUGGGCUCGCCGCGCUUCCACCGCAGGAAAAUGCAAGUUCCCACCCAGGAGGACAUGUCCAGUCUGACCCCAGACUCGUCUCCAGAGCUGGCUAAGAAGUCGUGGUUCGGGAACUUCAUCAACCUGGAGAAAGAGGAGCAGAUCUUCAUCGUGAUCAGAGACAAACCUCUGAGCUCCAUAAAGGCAGACAUCGUCCACGCCUUCCUCUCCAUCCCCAGCCUGAGCCACAGCGUCAUCUCUCAGACCAGUUUCCGGGCGGAGUACAAGUCCACGGCCGGGCCGACGGUUUUCCAGAAGCCGGUAAAGUUCCAGGUGGACAUCACCUACACGGAGAGCACCAGCGCCACCAAGGACAACGGCAUCUACUCCGUCACCUUCACCCUGCUCUCAGGUCCCAGCAGACGUUUCAAGCGUGUGGUGGAGACCAUCCAGGCUCAGCUGCUGAGCACCAACGACCAGCCGGGCAUCCAGCCGCAGAUUUCUGGCAGCCCGUUGAGUAACUUCUUUGACGUAAUUAAACAGCUUUUUUCAGACGAGAAGAACCUCCAAGCGUCCCACCCCCCUGGCGCCCCCGCCACGCCUAGCUCCCCCAACAAGCAUGCCCCCAGCAGCAAGCCAAACCAGCCCCCGCCCAAUGACUCUAAAUGCCCCCCCGGCAGCAAAGACAAAACAAAGAUGGCCUCCGGCAACAGGACACAGGAACAACCUUAAGGAGCGGUAGCCGUGCAUGUCUAGAAGCUGAGCAGGUCAUAAACGACAGAGGAGCUGCUGACGUCACUCUUUAGCUAGGAGUGAAACAAAAAAAAAGAAAUCUACUUUUUGCCUAUACAUUUUCUACUCUAUAACGGGAAUGGCUAUUUCAGUUCAAAAGUCGGUCAGUAUUUUACAAUAAGUAGCAGAUGUAGCUUUGUCAUCCCUCCCCUCUGUCCCUCUCUGUGUCCUCGGGGGGGUCUGUCGGUGGGUGUGUGUCCUCCUCACAUGUGUGACGGCUUCACUUGUCUCUGCCACCAGGGAUCAUCCACAAUAGCUAUUAACCUGCAGGGCGGCCCACAGCGGCCCGCCAACACCGCCGCCAAGAGAGAGUCCGACAAACUGAAGAAGAGACUCACAGAGGACUCCUCCCCCCUCUUCACUCCCCCUCCCCCCCUCCCUCCCUCCCUCCCUCUCCGCCGGCAUCAGUAGAGUCUUCUCCCCGAUCAGACCAAACACACUCAGAUGAGUUGUAAAAAGAAAAAAGAAGCCUUAAGACAGUGAUGUUUGUCUAUACACACACACACACACACACACACACACACACCCUCGCCUCUUUUCUCGUUCUUCUCUUUCUCCCACAUGUACAUAAAAACACACACACUGUACGUACUCCUCUACACACACUGCGGGAUGUAAAGUCUGCACACACUGACAGACACGAGCUUGGAGGAAGAAGCAGACGGACGUUUGGACGAGCGCUGGCUGGAUUGUAGUUCUUUUUGAUGAGCGGGCGGAUCUUUGGAGCGCGCUCUGUGACGUUUGUAUAAACGGGUUCUCGCAGCUCAAAGGUUACGAUAAAAAGGGGGGGAGGUGAUGUUACAUAAAUGAAUGAGCUAUUCUGUUGUACAGAUUAAAUAAUGUUCUGUAUGUACAAAGAGUGUAGUUGUGACAUCAUGUUUUAGAGUUGUGUUGCCAUAUUUUUUAUUUUUUUUGUGUUCAGGCCUGGUCACACCAGCCGAGGAAACGUGGAGACGACGAUAUCGCUGAUAGAAUGACAGGAUUCACAUGAUAGUAUUUCUCAUGCAGACUUCUUUUAAAUUCACUUUGACACAAAUUUGAAUCCAAACGAGAAGUCAGAGCUGACCCCGAAGGAAACUCAAAACUCAAACACCGGUCGGCUUACUUUAACUUUCUCUCAUGAUCCGUUUUCACAUCCUGAAAAUAUCUAGAGACUUUCAGGAGGACUGCCCCUGAAUUCUUCCUGAUCUGGUUGUUGACACAUAAGGAGAGACGUGUGUGUGAGAGACGAUCCCUGUCAGACUGGAGGAGGGGGGAACAGGAAACAUAAUGCAGCAGGUUGAUUAGAGCACGGAGAUGGUAGAGGUGGCGUGCAGACAGUCUAUGGUCGU